AUGAGAGAAUCCAACUUUUCUUUUCCCUCACAAAACCGUGCCUCCGUCUGCAUUACUUCUGCUCUUUAUGACAGAAGAGCGCUUGACUGCACGGCCAUCUUACCAUUAAUUAACUCCCUGACACAUCUUACCUACUUAACAAGUACUUCUCCACGCAUCCGAGAGAUUCUCACGAUGGAUGGAGGGUUGGAACGCUUGGUUCGUAUCCUUAAAACUACCAAAGUGAACGAUAAAAGAAGCGGUUGGAAAUGGUCUAUGGCAUUUCAAUGUGUUGCUAACGUUGGAGUACGGGGUUCUGAGACAAUUAGAACUAGAGUUGUGGAUGCUGGUAUGGUACCGGUUAUUAUAACCGUAUUGGACAAUUUUUUAAAGGCUCUUGAUCAUCAUCCGCCGCUGAUCACAACAACCACACCACCUCCCCCUGCAAUCCCUCUUGCAGCAGCUUUCGUUGGAGCUUUAGAAAAUGGUAACGCGUUGAAUAUUAUUCAGAUGUCUGAAGAGUCUGAACAACUUUUAACUUCUUAUCCUCACUCACCUAAUUCAACAACAUCCAUUUUCCCUUCUUCUGAUUACCAAAAUGAAACCUCUGAUAUUUCAUCAAAUAUGCAUGGUAUUACGCCAUCGAAUACAGCUGCUGCUUCUACGAACAGGUUUCUAACAAAUGUCACAACACCUUAUGAUAUAAGGUCGUCUGAUGAUGCAAGAUCGGAUGUUGCAUCUUGGGGUUCGGUUGCAGACAAUGAAGAAACCACAAUGCCACAACUUCCACAAGCAAUUACAGGCACAGCUGGAACAAAUAUAACUCCAAGCCUACGACCUUCACAACUACCGAAUAACAACCCAACAAACCUCGCUUCGCAAUCAUCAACAACUUUGGAAAUUGACGUUCUGUAUCGUGAAGAAGAUAUUCUUUUGUCCCUUCAACUACUAGCCUACCUUUCAAAGUAUCCUCAUUUACGAGCUACUUUUCACACAGCUUAUCCGCCCCAUAACGUAUUCUCUCUUGUAGAAAAAUUCACUCAUCGCCUCCAUCCUGCAGAGAUCCAAUAUUGGGCUGGUGUUAUCAUGCGCAAUGCUUGUCGUAAGGAUGAAGCUCGCGGUGGAAUCCGUCAAUGUGCUUAUAUGGCUUGUGGUAAAUGGGAAAGUUAUCCAAGAGAAUUUGCAAAAUGUCGGAGAUGCCGUAAAGCUAAAUAUUGCUCUAAAGCAUGUCAAUCAAAGGCUUGGAGCGAAGGACAUAGGUGGUGGUGUAUGGAACGACUAAGUCAUGCGGACGCAGAUACAUCUGGCAACGGUCAUUCAACUUCUAGUAUGGAACGACAUAGAUCUGCGGAUGCAGAUACAUCUGGGAACGGUCAGUCAUCUUCUAGCAUGGAUACAGAUCCACCUGCAAAUGGUCAGCCAACUUCUAUCAUGGAACGGCAUAGACAUGCGGAUACAAAUACUUCUAAUUCAACUUCAUCUACAAAUUCGAGCGGACACCGUUCUCGUUCAUCUCGUUCAACAAAUUCCACAGGCAAUUCAAGGUCAACAACAAAUCGCGAAGCAACGACGGUAACAACUGGUACAACAUCUCACGGCCGUGAUUCUGGAUCAGUUUUAGUAUCGUGA